AGUACUACCUAGUACUACGUGUUUGGUCGAUCCUGUGGGUUUACUUGACAUCGCAGGCAAGGAUUGUGCUUGAAUAGGCCGCUCUCGAACAUUCUAUAAUGGAUAUAAUACCACGCAGUUGGCAGGAUCUUCACUUAGAACUCCCAAGUGAAAUGCGCUCGGCCAGCCUCACUACAAAUCAGCUCGCCUUUUAUAUCGAAGAGCAAGAAAAGCUUGUCAAGGAACUCAACGCCAAGAGAAUAAAGCACAAUCUAUAUAUCGCUGCCCUCAAAGGUCGUUGCAAUGCGACGGCAUCUCCAAUUAACUCCCUCUUACCCGUGGAUGUGCUUUCUGAGAUAUUUAUGCACCUUGUUCUCACAUGGUCUGAGUCAGCUCGUCCCUAUUCAUGGUUCAAGGUUGCCCAUGUUUGCCGAUAUUGGAGAGAUGUAGUGUUCUCCUCAUCGAGGUUCUUUUCCUACAUUCGAGUGCCAACCGCAAAUCGAGAACAUGGUCCUGAAUGGCUACGGCUCGCUCGUAACUGCAGGUUGCAUCUUCACAUCUCCGACGAAACCUGCAACACGGGCGGAAUGCGCCACCACAUGUGGGAGGAAGUUUUGCCUCAUCUUGCUCACACUCAAUCGCUUUUGCUACAACUUCAUAAACCGAAUCACAAGGAAUAUGCAUGGCCUCGCUGCUCAAUGCUGACGAAUCUGACGUGGCUCACGUCUUCGGUAGUUUCUCCAACAUGUGUCAAGGAUGCUUUCGAUGCAAUGCCUAAUCUUCAAAUAUUGGAAACCAGCACGGGUACCCUAGGCCCUGACUGGACUCGAUAUUCUCUUCCUUCUACCAUAACGACAUUAAGGGUCAACCAUGCUAAGAGCGUUUCUUAUGGAAUCAUGGAAGAGCUCUUCACAAGACUUCACUCCCUGCCUUCCCUAAAGCAUCUGGAUCUACACGGUCUGAGUCGCAAUGACUAUUCUGCAAAUCUCUCUCCACGUCGUUGCUAUUCACUAUACCGACUCGAAACUUUGACGCUUCAUGGUGCAAUGACACCGUGCUUUGAUGUUCUCAAUCGCGUAGACUUGAUUUGCAACUUUGACUUGGAUUUGUAUCCCGACUCCCCAAACGACGUGAAAAACAUUGUAUCAUUGCCUGCCAUCCUCCUAGCGAAGUUAAGGGGAGGAUCAGAUGAUCUUCCACUACCGCUUUUGCGCACAUGCGCUUUCGAGGGGGGUAGAAUGGACGACGCUGGUCACUGGGUAAUGAACCUUCGUGGAUGGCCCUUCGAAGUACCAUCGGAAUUCCCCUGCACUGCAUCCCAGGGACCUUACGGCCCUCCUUUGUUAUCUCUCGCUUUCUCCCUAGACCUUGAAGACGAAGAGUUCUUUGAUGUAGUCUGUUCAUUAUUAGUCGAUCUUCGCCCGUUGUUGGAACAGACUCAGCGAUUGAAAAUCGCCUACGAUGUUACCGGAUCCUCCAGCCAUGUGUUCUUACAACGGGUCAUAUUUUCGCAUUUAAAGCAUGUUCGCUCCCUGCAAACGGCCUUAGAAGCUCCUGGCUUUGACCCAGCGGAAGAUGAUGUGCCAAUUUCACAACUACCUUCACAGCUCCAUCCAGUGAAUGACGAUGGGUCUCCGUUGCUGCCACAGCUCAGAGAACUUUACAUCGCCCCCGAGGAAGUGUGCCCAGAGUUCGAUUCGAGCUUUUGGGUGCACUUGGAAAAUGAUUUACGAACAAGAAAGAGUAUAGACCUCCAAGUGGAUGUCCUCGUUCUCGACAUGAUGCCGUGGUGCUAUCUCCCCAAUCAUGAUUGGCAAUCUCAACGAGUCUACAUAGAAAAUUGCCUGAGAUUGUCGGGAAGCUGAUUGUAUAUCAGCGGGAGAAGGAUACUUAGUUGCUUAGAUGAUAUAUUGGUAGAGACAUGAUAGAAAAUUUGUAUACUACCCACCAUUCCGUAUUGACAGGCAGACGGGCGGGCCCUUGAUCAAGCAGUAUGCGUAUUUGUGGCAUAACCCGAACGAAGAUAUGAUGCUAACUCGAACGUCGC